AUGGAUAUGAUCUUUGACUGUCUUAGACUUUCGUAUGUUCUUGAAGGUGUUUGUGUGACUAUGAGGUCUACAAUUGUGAUUCUUGCGAUCAUGACACUCGGUCUUGGAUUCCCAACCAAGACUUCGGAUCAAAAGGAUAUCGAAUGCGUAGACAUAUAUAAACAGGUGGCAUUUAGUCACGACCUUUUACAGAAUCACAAGCUGCAGAAAAGACCAUCAGAAGUCCCAAAAUCGACCGGAGUUAAAAAAAGAAGCAAGUUGAAGACUUUGGAAGCUCAAGUGAGUAAGGCCAAUUGCCCAGAAGGAAUGAUCCCUACAUGGAAGGACCAAAUAGACGGGUCUAACAAAUCUACUGUACCCGUACGGACUAGUUCAUCUACGGAUCAGUACUCGUCUAGACAUGAGCAUGCAGUCGGAAUUACGUACAGCCCACCGGAAAUGUAUGGAACGGAGGCUACUAUAAGCGUGUGGGAUCCAAACGUGGAACAACAAGAUGAGUUCAGCUUAGCCCAGAUUUGGAUUACAUCUGGAACCUACGAGAAGAACAAUCUUAAUACAAUUGAAGUAGGGUGGCAGGUUUCACCAAAUAUGUAUCAGGACAAUAAGCCAAGGCUAUUCAUUUAUUGGACAAGCGACACAUAUGUAACUGGAUGUUACAAUCUCCAGUGUCCUGGGUUUAUACAAACCAGUGACAACAUUAUCAUUGGAGGUACCAUUGCUCCUGUCUCUGAAUUCGACGCCAACCAGUUUGAGAUCACCAUUUCCGUAUGGAAGGAUCGGAAGACCGGGAAUUGGUGGUUGAGCUUAGGAUCUAACCACUCAUUAGUUGGAUAUUGGCCCGCUGAACUUUUUUCAAACUUAAUUUACGCGGACCAAGUGCAAUGGGGUGGUGAAGUCGUUGACUCACAUACUUCCGGCCGGCAGACGAUGACAGAUAUGGGCUCUGGUCAUUUCCCAGACGAAGGCUUCGGCAAAGUGGGCUACUUCCGCAAUUUGGAGAUCGUAGACAGUAAUAACAUUCUCCAGCCAGUUCAGCACGUCGAAGUCAAAGCAACCAAUCCUGAAUUCUACAGCAUCGCAAAUAUGUCUAGAGACGAUGACUGGGGCACGUGUCUGUUCUAUGGAGGUCCAGGCUUUCCUGGUAUGCAUUCGGGAGUAGCAUCUCUUGUAUUGAGUUCAUUUUUCUUGUAUUUUAGUUUCAUCAUUUUCCUUAUCAUUUAGUUUAUUUUCUCUGUUUUCGAUUUAACCAUGAGUUGUAAAUUGCUUGUGACAGAUUUUAGAUUUAAUUCGAAUCAUGAAAUUUAUUUUUUAUCGAGUAUAAUAAAAGUUUGUUUACAAUGUUGAAAAAUUAAUAUAACACACAAUGACACAAGUAAGCAACACUCAGACGAUCAGUAAACAACACCGAAUAAGAGCCUGAUAAAUGGGAUAACUCCUAAUUAGAUUCUUAAUAAAUAU